AAUAAAUAAAUAUGUAGUGGUUUCCGGCGGAAAGGGAACCAACAAAUCGCCAACAAAAAAGGAAAAAGAAAAAAAAAUCCCUCUCCAUAUAUAGGGGGAGGAGGUGGAGGAAAAGAACCAAGGCAUCGUCAUCUCCACAGCCCUCGCUUUAUUUCUCUGUUUCUCCAAGCCUCCCGCAACCCCUCCAUCCACCGGAAAAAUGGCAAAGGAGCCCGUUCGCGUUCUUGUUACCGGUGCAGCGGGACAAAUUGGUUAUGCACUUGUCCCUAUGAUUGCUAGGGGAGUGAUGCUUGGACCCGAUCAGCCUGUCAUCUUGCAUAUGCUUGAUAUUCCACCUGCUGCAGAGGCCCUAAAUGGUGUGAAAAUGGAGCUUGUUGAUGCUGCUUUUCCGCUUCUUAAAGGUGUUGUUGCUACCACGGAUGUCGUUGAGGCUUGCACUGGCGUGAAUAUUGCAGUUAUGGUUGGAGGGUUUCCAAGGAAGGAGGGAAUGGAAAGGAAAGAUGUGAUGUCCAAAAAUGUGUCAAUCUACAAGGCUCAGGCCUCUGCGCUGGAGCAGUAUGCAGCUGCAAACUGCAAGGUUCUCGUUGUGGCUAACCCAGCAAACACCAAUGCCUUGAUUCUAAAGGAGUUCGCUCCAUCGAUUCCUGCGAAGAACAUAACUUGUUUGACAAGGCUGGACCACAACCGUGCGCUUGGUCAGAUUUCUGAAAGACUGAAUGUGCAAGUGUCUGGUGUGAAGAAUGUCAUUAUCUGGGGUAACCAUUCAUCAACCCAGUAUCCAGAUGUCAAUCAUGCAUCUGUACAUACUCAAGGAGUGGAGAAGCCUGUACGCAUGCUUGUUGCUGAUGAUGAUUGGUUGAACGGAGAGUUUAUAACUACAGUCCAGCAGCGUGGUGCUGCCAUCAUUAAGGCACGCAAACUUUCCAGUGCAUUAUCUGCUGCAAGUGCUGCUUGUGACCACAUUCGUGAUUGGGUGCUUGGAACACCUAAGGGCACUUGGGUUUCCAUGGGAGUUUAUUCUGAUGGAUCCUACAAUGUUCCUGCUGGACUAAUCUAUUCCUUCCCCGUCACUUGCCAGGACGGCGAGUGGACCAUUGUCCAGGGCCUUCCAAUUGAUGAAUUUUCUCGGAACAAGAUGGACGCCACUGCACAGGAGCUGACUGAAGAGAAAGCGUUGGCUUAUUCUUGCCUCUCUUAAUUUAUAAAAUCCGUCUCUCUUUUGGAGGCGGGAAACAUUCUGAUUGGAUUCCGAAUAUAUGAUUUAGAAUAACGCGCUUUCUGCGUCGGAUGAUACUUUGUGGCAAGAGGAUGUUGUUACUCUUGCACUUGAGUUGUCUUUGUUGAUGCGCAUGGUUUCAAUUUUGAGCUCUUGACUGCUGAGCAUUUUGGUAAA